AUGGCAUACCCGGGAUACGGUGGAGGGUUUGGAAAUUUUGGCAAUCCAAUGGGACAGCCAGGAUACCCUGGAAACCCAGUUUAUCCAGGCAGUAUCUCAACAGGAGACCCCAUGUGGAAAUGCUUCCUUGCUAUUGCUGGCCAGGAUGGUGAAGUGGAUGCUGAAGAACUUCAGAAGUGUUUAACACAAUCUGGAAUUAGUGGAACUUUUUCUCCCUUCAGUUUGGAAACCUGCAGAAUUAUGAUUGCCAUGUUGGAUAGAGAUUACACAGGAAAAAUGGGAUUUAAUGAAUUCAAAGAACUCUGGGCAGCUCUUAACUCCUGGAAGCAAAACUUCAUAACUGUUGAUAAAGACGGAAGUGGCUCAGUAGAGCAUCAUGAACUGAAUCAAGCCAUUGCUGCUAUGGGUUAUAGGUUGAGUCCUCAGACAGUAACUACCAUUGUCAAACGUUAUAGCAAGAAUGGCAGAAUCUUCUUUGAUGAUUAUGUUGCUUGUUGUGUGAAGCUUCGAGCAUUGACAGAUUUCUUUAGGAGAAGAGACCACUUGCAACAAGGGGUUGUGAGUUUCGUAUAUGACGAUUUUUUGCAGGGCACAAUGGCAGUUUGA